GUUAAUCAAAAUUUACCAUCCCUAGCUAAUGCAGAUGCUCCUGCACCAGGGGCUUCUCCCUGCCUCCACCUGCCCCGCCUUGUCUGGUGCCGUGGUAGAUAGAGAUCAAUGCUCUAUCCUGGGGUCAUGUCACUGGUGUUGGGACAGGGUCAGAUAGUCUACCCUCCUGUGCAAGGCAGCAUGGCCUAGAGGCCCAAGUCAACAGGGCAGCCCAGCGGGGUUAUCACCUUUGAAAUUUAAAAAACGAAAACCUGGCACACAGACACCUACAAGGCAAACCUGCCACAAUCCCAACCAUGAAGCAAGCCCUCCUCCACCCCAUCCUUCACCACCCACUUAGGGUAACCAUGCACGUGUCCUCACUCAGGUGUGAAGCAAACCCUCUCACACCCAUGGGGCAAGUGCAGGGUGGGGGGGCAGACAGGCACUGUAUUUUCGCCUCCGUUAUCACUGAAGCUGCAGAAGUGAGAACGCUGCAGCAUCUGUAGCUGGACACACACUUUUAACAUUAGAGUUCCUGGCAUCUUGUGAGAGCAAAGUGACUCUUUAGCCUACAUGAAAAACCCCAGCUGCUUAUAUUAUUUUUCUGGCAACUGGGAAAUCCAUAAAAAACCCAGUCAGAAACCAGCCAGAUGGGAGCCCUAGGCCCUUCAGAGCAGGGCAGCAUGGCCUGGGACCCAGAGUAACUAGGAAAAGGCAAUCAGUCCUCCCAUCUAGGGUCCCACAGCCUCCUGUCUGGGACACAUCAGCUCAGGCCUUGUGGACCAAAGAGAGGAGGUCACCUCAGUGAUGGGGGUGGCAGCUGGGGUAUGGGGACUCAGGUCCUCCCUAUUCCACCAGGGCCCAGCCUAGGGCUCAUUCAAAUGGUCCCACCACUGUAGGGAUCUCACUGAAUCACACUGACUCCAUUCCCAGUACCACAACUAGACCCGUGUCAGGUUCCCCAUGGCUGCUUCCUGCCUUUUCCCCCCAGCCUACAGUCCAGCUCCUUGAGGAAAUUCAGCAGUGAGUCCUUCCCCCCAUGGGCCUCAACAGACAGCUAGGUAUUCACCGAGGUCUCUGCAGCCUGGGGCUCCAACAGCUUCUAGGCAGGCAUCUACAACACACCUCUCAUCUCCUCCUUGGUCAGCAAAGACUCAGCGGGGCUACCCUCUUUUAUAGCCUGCCUCCAGUUGGAGCAUGCCCAGCAAGGGCGAGGGGGCGUGGCCUCUUGGCAGACACAAGUUAUGGUUCACCCCUGCAGGGCCAGUGUGAGGUAAAUGUGCCCUGCCACAGACCAGAUCAGCUCUACCUCUCCUGGGACCCUAGACCCUGCUCAAAACCAACUUGACUCGCCUUUCUUCACAGCAUCACACAGGGACCGGGGCUGGCCCGGGCUAGCGCGUUAGAUGUGAGUAAUGUCAGCAAGGGAGAGGUCAGGGUUGUGCAUCAGGAGGCGGUUGUGUGUUUGCCAGUGUGCAGUGAAAGGGGUGGCGGGGCAGGGGUUUUUGUCACUGGGCAAUGCAGGAGCAAAUAGCAGCGAGGAGGGAGUGAGGCCAGGGAAGCAGAGGAGCGACUGCAGCUGGAAGGGAUGUGAGGGGGGAAUUGUCCACGGGGAGGAGGGUUGGAUUUGUGGCUGCCUGGUUCCAAGGAGUUAGGCACCGAAUCCAGUUCUUGGCUCACAAAGAUCUUCGUGUGCCUAACUCUGCUGCCCUCACAUUGCAGCCCUUGUCCUCCUGCACCUGGUUCCUUACCCCACAUGCUGCUGGCCAGGGGUUGUGGCUCUGUAAGGGAGUGGAAAGUGCCCAGCCCACACCUAGGUGCUGCAAAACCAAUGAAUUGCAAUACCAAUCGUUUGGUCAUCCAGCAGCCCUGGCUGGGGGUGGGAAAGGGAAUGGGAAUGGGAAUGGGAAUGGGCUGGCCUUAAAGGCGUGGGGAAGGUAACCUGUGGAGGUAACCUGGAAGUGUGGGGCCAGGAGAGGCCCAUGGGCUGAGUGAUGAACUGGGAUGCGGGACAGUAACUACAAAGGGUUGGUCGAUUGUUCUGGUGGGAACGGCCCCAGCGUUGCCUCUCUGGAGAUCCUGGUGGGACCAUUCGCUAUGACUGCCCUUGUCAGACCCAGCAUGGACUCUGCGCCUCCUACUGCAGGCCCCAACCCCAGGGGUGAUGCUGUGCAUGAACAUGGGAUGCUGAGCCACCCCGCGGGCUGUCAGAGCAGCCUGGCCGGUAGCCAGAGCAUUUCCCCUCCCUCCUCUCUCCGGGGUUGUCUGGUAACUGGGUUACUGGAGGGGAGGGACCAGACCUGUCGCAGGCUGCUGCUAGCAGCAUGCACCUUGCAGUGCCUGUCCGCGGACAGCUGUGGAUACACAGACACGGCUCAGCCUCCCGGGCUCCCUCACCCGAGAGGGAACAAGAGCAUCCACAUGCACUGAGCUUUCCAGCCCAGCUCCUGAAGCCGAGUCCGGGACCACUGGACAGUGACUGCCAGGUGUUUCUGCAGGACAUGUUUUCCCCCCUGGUUCCCAGCUGAUCUGUGGUCCAUCCUGGUAGCGACCCAGCCCAGGGACUGCCAUGGAGUUGGGUCAGUAAGGCCGGCCCUGCUAUGCCCCGGUGAGAUAUGAGCUAUGGAUGGCUUUGGGUUUGGGGUGCUUCUUGCAGUUUUGGCCCCUCUCAUUAUUGCGACAAACACACUUGUUGCUGUGGCUUUGUUACAGCUGAUCCAGAAGAAUGGCUGCCAGGGGCUGUAUUUUGUCUUGAACCUUGCGGUUGCCGAUUUCUUGGUUGGCAUCACUAUUACCGGGCUGGUCACGAACGAGCUUUCACCCCAUGACCCCCCCCCACCAAAGAUGUUCUGUAUCCUGAGGAUGGCGUUCGUCAUCUCCCCUUCGGCUGCCUCUAUCCUCACCAUGAUCCUGGUGGCGUUUGACCGAUACUUGGCCAUUAAGCAGCCUUUCCAGUACUUCAGAAUCAUGAGCGGGCUGGUGGUGAGCGCCUGCCUCGUGGGUCUCUGGCUGGCUGCCUGCUUCAUUGGCUUUCUCCCGCUGUUAGUGCAGGGCUUUCAGCAGAAGAGCUACGAAGGGAAGUGCGCUUUCUUUGGGGUCUUCCAGCCCACGUACAUGCUCACCAUCUUCUGCAUCGGUUUCUUCCCAGCAUUGUCCAUUUUCAUUUACCUGUAUUGUGACAUCCUGAAAAUAGCCUCUCUGCAUGUCCAGCACAUCCGAGAAGUGGCACAGGCUGGCCUGGCCGGGAACAGUCCCUUGCCUCAUAAUCCCAGGGACAUGAAAGCCGUGAGGACCGUGGCUAUUCUCAUCGGCUGCUUUGUGCUGUCCUGGGCUCCUUUCUUCAUCACUAGCAUUGUGCAGGUCGUGUGCCAGGAAUGCUUCCUCUACGAAGUCAUCGAGAGGUACCUCUGGCUCCUGGGGCUCUGCAAUUCUCUGCUCAACCCGCUCAUCUACGCCUACUGGCAGAAGGAGGUGCGGCUGCAGAUCUACCAGCUGAGCCUCUGCAUGAAGAGGAAAUGUUUCCCUUUCUUCCACAGGGAGAGUGGCCAGCGGAUUCCCAGCAGGGGUCCAGCACCAAUUCAGGCCAUAUCUAGCCCACAGCUCCAGGGGUGACACGGUGCCUCAGGUCACUGGGCCAGAUCCCCGGCUGGCAUGGGAGGGAGAACAUGCUGUCGACUGAUCAAGGGACGGAUCACGGGAAGGGGAGAGCUGUGUGAUGGAGCUGUGCCCCCCAACGGGCCCGGGGGCAGGGAGGAACCCUUGCUCUGCCAGAUGGGAUCUGCGAGCCAGAGGGAUGCAUCCUGCGCCCAGCCACACCCUCCCCUCUGAGAGCCAUGCCAUGCAAUAACUGGAUCAAGUCUCGUUACCUGCAUGCGGCCUGCUCUGGAAUGGUCCCUGCGAAUACGUGCUGGCUACUUAUGCCAGACUCUGUUCCACCCGGUGCUUUGCUGGGACACGCUCGGUACCUUCCCCAGUCCAUCAGCAGAGCUCAGUGCAGGGUGAAAGUUUGUCUCUCUCCCCAGCA